AGUGAUGAUACCUAUUGCAAGAUGCCAUGGGAGGUUCUGAGGGAUGUCUCGCAGCAUCAAACCGCACUGAAGAAGUCAAGCCGAUCACCACGCAUCCUGACAAACGGUCGACUGACUCUACCACCUGACGCCUCCAGCACGGUCCCGAAGCGCUCACAACCCAAUCCAAGGUCGAAAAAGAGGCUCAAGUCCCUGAAUGAAAAGUUUGACAGCUUGUAUCCCUCUCUGGAUGACGGCCAGAGUGUCAACCUUGUGCUCCAACAAUGGACUGAUGAGAAGCGUAUCAAGGAAGCUGAAGAGUCUCAGGUUUAUCAAAAUCUUGACCUUGCUCGUAACGAAUUAGAACAGCUUCAAAGCGAUAGAAUGCUUGAGGAUAUAAUAGCUGGUAGACCUCUCGUGAUAUCAAAGUAUCAAGGUCCUGUGAACACAUCCAGCUCAGCGACAAAAUUCAACGAGGACGAGACAUCCAUGGAGAGGUCCAGAUACGAUUCUAUGCUGAAACAUUCUCACGCAGGUGGACAGCCUGGCGGCUAUCUAGGAUCGACUUUCGAUGAUCGUCGUAUCCUCUCAACUGCUUCCCAUGAUUUCCACCCUGACGAGACUUCCACUCCGCCUCAUCUCAAUCAGAGACCCCAUAGAGCCUUUCAUUAUCCGUACGCUCAUCGGCAUCUUCCUCAUCCUCCACAGCCGCAGUCAAACGACCAUUCCUCUACUGAUCAAACAGUCUCCAUAUCUACCGGCUACGAGAUCGACAAUAUUCCAUCGCCAACCCCUAUACGACGUGGCGUACGCUUCAACUCCAUGACCCAGACUCGGUACAUCACACCUCGUACAGAGAGAUCUCAUCAUUAUGUACACCCCAUGGGCAGUGAAAUGGCCAACACGUCGAGACCAUGGCUUGGAUCCGACUUUCAUGAAGCCCAUGAGCCGACCCGAGCAGGUCCUCAAUACGAAGCUGUAGUGCAAACAGUCCACGAGUCGAUCCCGCAAGAUCUUUACCAGACGCCUCCCGGUCAAUUGCGCCGUAGAAUCGCUUCACCGCCAGCUCGCUAUCCGCAUCGACCCUCCCAUUCUCGGCGAUCACGAUCCAUUUCAUCGGACGGAUCAAUGCGAUAUCACACGAGAGCCUCGAGUCGCAAAAGAGCAAGGUAUCACGAGAAACAUCACGAAACCCGCAGCAAGUAUCGCCGGUACGGCCGUGCUCGAUCUUCUAGACACCGCCGACAUCGAUACUAUUCGAGCGACUCGGGCUCAUCCUCCUCUUCUUCCGCGUCAUACAGUACUUUGUCAACAGACUCUUACGACUCUCGGACCUUCUCCGUUGGCUCUGCGAGUCCUCUGCCAAGACUAGUAGGCGUCACUGAUGGCGCUUGGCGUAAUUAUGACACAACAAAAAGUCAAGCGCCGAUUGACCCCGCAAAAGGCCAGCAAACGUUCCCUGGGCGAAAAGCAAGAUACGCCUUUCAAGCCGUCUCAAACCUAAGAAAUGCUCAAACGAACCCAGGGCUCACAAAGGAAGAUGUUCAAUCUCCACGGAACGCGCAACUUAAAAUGACACACCAAACUCAAGAACAGACUCAUUCACAGGCUUUGGCCGAUACGCAAAGUACAGCAAUUAACUCCAUUAGAGAAUUCUCAUUUUCACCCCAGGCUGGAAGUCUUGGCAUGCAAGAGUCUACACCGGACGACGAGGCCGACUAUCAAAUGCAGCAAGUGCCUGAGCAGUCUCAAGAAGCAUCGCGAGUGGCAGCUCGUAUGGGCAAAACUGUCCGGCAUGUUAGAUUUGCCUUGUCCCCGAUGCCUCCUGACGAGCUGGACCUGGAUUCAGGGAAUCAGCAAAUGUCCUGGUGGAGUGCAGAGGAAAGUAUGAAAGCUAGUCACGAAGAGACAUGGGGAGGUGAAGAUAUGAGAGAGGAUCAGCUCGCGUCAUUCUUUGCCGGCGGCGGUGACACCGGCUUUAGGGUGUACAGAGACGAAUACUGAGAACGCGGACGUGUAGCCAACGGUGUCUACUCCAGGGGAUGUACCGAAGCCGAAGCCGAAGCCGAAGCCAUGCCUUCCUCUCAUGCAGACCAUUUCCAUG